AUGUUGUUCUCCGGGGACGGGCAGACCUCAUUUAUCGAACACAUAGGCCGUUUUACGGCCCAAUGUGGAGAGGCCGACUCGGAUGCCCAAAAGCUCCGACUAUUUGUUCACUCCUUGACCGGCGCAGCUUUCUCAUGGUUUAUAAAUCUUCCAUCGAAUUUGGUGAGUGACUGGGCUGACAUGGAGAGGAUAUUCCAUGAACACUUCUACGAGACCAACCGGGAGAUAACGGUUGCCGAACUAGCAAGGAUGAGCCAAGCGUCAGACGAGUCGCCUCGCGAUUACCUGCAGCGAUUCAAGACAUGCAGGAAUUGGUGCCGAACUAACCUUCCGAAGAGGGAAUUCGUCAAGAUGGCUGAAGAAGGGCUGGAAUUUGAGUAUCGAAAAAAGUUCCUGGGGAUCGAAUUCCGGGACAUGCAUGACCUGAUCAGCAAGGUGGACAAAUACGCAUCCUUGUUGAAGGAAGAAAUGCAGAAGAAAACGGCCUCAAAAGGGACGUAUUACAAGAACCCCAUCGUCGGCUACGCUGAGGUAGACAGCCCAGUCGAGGCCGAGGAAGGCGAGAUUGAAAUAAGCUCGGCCGAAGUCAGCAUAGACAAAUCGUUCGUCUGCAAGGAACUUGUCAAGGUCGACAACAGCCGGACGAAGAUUCCCAACGCCAAGUUUGCGGCCCGAGAAACGAAGGCCUACACUUUGGAUUUGACAAAAGCCGAGGCCAUCUUCGAUCUAUUUUUAACCGACAAAAAGGUUAAACUGUCCUUCGGUCAUAAAAUUCCAAAGACCGAGGAGCUCAAAGGGAAGACGUUUUGCAAGUACUACAGCUCCUGGUCACACAGUACUAACAACUGUAUCGUCCUAUGGGACGUUAUUCAGAAACUAAUAGACGAGAAGAAACUCCAGUUCUCAGAGAAGGCUGCCAUGAAGGUUGACGCCGAGCCGUAA